AUGUUUUGCACGAUACCGUGUCCGGAUGAGGAGACGGAGUUCAAGGUGGUGGUGAAGUGUCCACCGCGCGACAUUGCGAUGAAUGCGGUGUUGUACGUGGACGGUGAACUGUGUUGCAGCAAGUGCGGCGAGUCGGCGGGUGGGACUGUGGGAGGAGAGAGUGCCGGUCCUUACGGCGGUAGUACCGGAGCGGGUGCCAGUGCGCGUGGUGGAGGGGUGAGAUUAUUUCUUGAUUGCAUUCGUGUGAGUACGAAUGAGGCAAGGCCGUUGAUAAUGAAGCGUAUCGCAUACGACGGUAGUCGACCACAGGCGGCGGCAGCGGACGACACGGGUGUGCUACGUGUGGAUGUGUGGUCAGGCUGGCGUGGACCACACAGUUAUGAUCCGAUCUUACGUUAUGGUAGCUACGUUGAAUAUGAAGGUAAUCGUGAUCUACAACGUCAUGUCGUACCCUUCAAUGACUGCAAAGGCGCCUUUGAAAUUACACACAAAAUCGAUUAUGGACCCGUCGUACUUAAACCCGAUAGAAGACAUCACUUUGAAAAAUAUCAAUUGUUAGCCCGCUUCGUAUACGCAUACCGAGACAAAGCGUACAUCAGUUGGAAUGCACUUCCAUCGACCAAGAAAAUAAGGCAACAGCAAACGUUAAAACGAAAAAUCAAAGAACUUGCCACACAAGGACCUAUCGAUAUCAGUGAUUGA